AUGCUAUCGAGUCCAUUGAACAUCCCAAAAUGGCUGGAGGAGAAUUCCCAUCUACUCAAGCCACCAAUCAAUAAUUACUGUGUCUAUAAAGAUGACGUGACUGUAAUGAUUGUCGGUGGACCAAACGCUCGAUCAGACUACCACAUUAACGAGACGGCCGAAUGGUUCUACCAAUACCGGGGCUCGAUGCUCCUGAAAGUCGUAGACGACGGCAACUUCCGAGAUAUUCCAAUCCACGAGGGCGAGAUGUUCUUGCUGCCUCCCAACACGCCACACAACCCAGUGCGAUUCGCAGAUACAGUUGGCAUCGUGCUAGAGCAGCCCAGGCCAGCAGAAAGCAAGGAUCGGCUGAGGUGGUACUGCCAGAAUUGUGGAGAUAUUGUGAACGAGGAAGCGUUCCAUUGUACAGAUCUUGGGACUCAGAUCAAGGAGGCAGUGAAUGGGUUCAAGGCCUCGGAUGAAAAGAGGAAGUGCAAGAAGUGUGGAGAGCUGGCUGAUUUGGUGCCACGGGGCGUCGUGCAACCAUAG